AAAUAAAAAUAAAUUAAUUACAGAGGUCGGAUAAAUCAUUAGCCUUGAACUUACACGGCCGUUUUUGGAGUAAGCAAGCACUGAACUGCUUUCAUGGCGGCCAUGUUCUGUAAUGAAACGGUUCUUGAUGAGCUGAGACAUGGAUUCGCCCAGUUUGAGCUUGUUACUUCUCCAGUUGCUUCAGUUUCUGCUUCCAGUUAUAGACCUUAUCAAAGAGGAAACCCAUUUUCCGUUUCUUCUGCCGCCACUGGUCAUCAGUUUUUUGCCAGAAUAGGACCUUCACUAGGUGGAGCUUCGCCAGCCUUAAAGAAAGUAGAACGUUAUUCAGUGCAGAAAAUAACAGGUGAUGGGCGCUGCAUGUUUCGUGCUCUGGUAAAAGGGAUGGCUGUCAACAAAGGCGUGAAACUUCACCCUCGAGAUGAAAGAGAUGAUGCAGAUGAAUUAAGGAUGGCUGUAAAGGAGGCUAUUUGUGAUGAUGAGAAAGAACGUCUUAAAUAUGAAGAGGCCUUGGUUGCCAUUACAGUUGAGGAGUCUUUGAGACGAUAUUGCCAACGUAUCGGACGGUCUGAUUUCUGGGGAGGAGAGUCAGAGCUAUUGGUAUUAUCGAAGUUGUGUUGCCAGCCAAUUAUGGUAUACAUACCAGAACAGGAGCAUGGAGGAAGGGGCUCUGGUUUCAUUCCAAUUGCAGAAUAUGGAGCUGAGUUCCGUAAAGGUUCGAAAAACAGAAAGGCCAGGAAGGUUGUGAGGCUCCUUUAUAGUGGGAGGAAUCAUUAUGACCUACUUUUAUAGCAACUUUCGUCACAUUCAACAGAAUUUUGGCCCUGUAAUCUUUUCAAAAUUUUGUAGCAAGUGUGGUGGACACAAUAUUGUUAAUCUGAUAUACUUCCUUGGGUUCAAAAUUAGUAGUAAAUUUUUAAAAGAAAACUGAUAUUUAGAUUUCUCAUGUAGGAGAUACAAUUUAUGUUCUCAAGUGUUAAUUUUGUGCAUUUCUUUUUCAAUUCUAAGUGUGUAAUUUUUCCAAAGAAGUCAAUUAUGUUCGACAAUGUAGUCUUAAAGGGUUUGAGAUUUUUAUUUAAUUUUUAUUUAGGGGGAUUGUGAGACACAAGUGUUACGUUA